AUGCCGCCUCGAUCCUCCUUGACAUCGUCCUUCUCCGUCUCGGAUGCCAACAACGAGGUUGUGUGUCCAUUGCGAAAUCAAGAUGGCUCCAGCUGUCGCAAACGUUGCCUCGGCGAAAAGCGGUAUCGAUCGAUGCAAGAGCAUAUCCGAAGAGCUCACCCAGAACAUUACAUCUCCAAGCUUCCUGCAACGGAGGAGAGCUUCCAGCUCAUGAUAAAUACCCCGCCAUCUGAACGACCGCCUCCACCUACAACCUCAAGCUAUGGGAACGACCGACACAGCUACUACCGCGAAGGUUCGAGUACGCCGGGCACUCCCAGGAACCUGGAUGAUCUCCAUUCAGGUAAUCUGCUGCCAGCCGCUAGCGCCGCAGCAGCGCUGGCACAACUACACAACCACAAACUUGAGGUGGAUUGGGAGUCGGAAGGGGACUGGAUGUCCGAUACCGAGGCACACAAACAAGCAAUGCGAUCCUCGAUAGAGCUUCCUCCUCUGCAUUCCAACAACCUCGAUCCUACAAGCGAGCCGUUUUCACAUCUCAACGCUGUCAGACGUCGAGAACUUCUUCCCUCUAUCCUUUCUACUUCUCCACCUGGUCGAUCCUCUACUUUACCUCCAAUUCAAAGAAAUCCUGGGCCCAAUCGUCCACGCAAGCAAUCGGUAUCAAAACGUGCACGAGAACCGCAGCACAAGCGGCAAAAGUCACGCGGAGAGAACGCCCAUCUAAGGCGAAUGAGUUAUGAUCGUAAAGCUUAUUCUGCUGAGCCUUCCAGCGGACUUUCAGCAGCAUAUGGUAAACGAUGGGAGGACCUGAUCGACGCAGCUACUUCCGCAACUGAAGAUGCUGAUGAAGAUAGAACACCUGUACCGCCAUCUCCAAUAUCAGUCAACAGAGCAUCGUUACCUCCAUUUUCUGCCUCCCACUUUCAAGGAUAUCAAGCUUCACCCCUCCAACAAGCACUCACCCCACCUACAUAUCUACCCGAGGCCCCUGAACCUUUCCCUUCAGUGGAAAGCGGUGAAAGUGGAGAGAACUUCCACAUCGAAUCCCGAGGUCUUUCAGACUCCUCCCCUAGCUUCUCUUCACAAAGUAUACAAAUAUAUUGCGCGGCCUGCCAGGGCAUUUCGCUUCUGAAAGAAUCAUAUGCGUGUACGGAAUGCAUAUGCGGAAUUUGCCAAGCUUGCGUGGACGUUUUAAUGGCAGAGCAAGGAGCGAGGAGGAAGUGUCCUAGGUGCGCUACAAUCGGCGGGCGCUUUAAACCGUUUCAGUUGGAUAUCAGAUAA